UGCAGGUUCAGCCAUUUUCAUGGCCUACUAUUUAUGCAUUUGGGUUUUCGAGAGAGCUGGGAUCCAUUUACAUAUGAUUCAUUCGAGAGAGUUCUUGUGAGGACAGUCGCGUUGAAUUGGAUCAAUUUGCUGGUCAAGAUGGUAGUUUCUGGACCCUUAACCCCUGGACAGGUUUCUUUUUUCCUUGGAGUUUUCCCUGUUUUUAUUGCAUGGAUUUACUCUGAGAUAUUGGAACGCAAGAAGACUUCAUCAAUAUCUAAAGUGCAUUCGGAUACAAACCUGGUUGAAUUGGGUAAUGAAGCAGCAAAAGAAGAUGAACGGGUUGUUUUGCUUGAGGGAGGAUUCCAACCUGCUUCGAAAUCUCAUGUUUCAACAUUAAGAGGAAAUUUUGUCAGGUUUUUGGUGAUGGAUGAGGCAUUCUUGCUUGAAAACAGAGCAACAUUAAGAGCCAUAUCUGAAUUUGCUGCAAUUCUGGUCUAUUUUUAUUUAUGUGAUAGAACAAGUCUGUUUGCAGAGUCAACGAAGACAUACAGCCGCGACCUUUUCCUUUUCCUGUACCUGCUUCUCAUCAUAGCUUCAGCAAUGACAUCUCUGAAAAAGCACAAUGAUAAGUCAGCAUUCUCUGGCAAAUCAGUACUUUAUCUUAACAGACAUCAAACAGAAGAAUGGAAAGGAUGGAUGCAGGUCUUAUUUUUGAUGUAUCAUUACUUCGCCGCAACAGAGAUAUAUAAUGCCAUCCGAGUGUUAAUUGCCGCAUAUGUCUGGAUGACUGGCUUUGGGAACUUCUCCUACUAUUAUAUUCGGAAAGACUUCAGUCUCACUCGUUUUGCUCAGAUGAUGUGGCGUCUGAAUUUUCUUGUAACAUUUUGUUGCAUUGUGCUGAAUAAUGACUAUAUGUUGUAUUACAUUUGUCCUAUGCACACUCUGUUCACUCUUAUGGUAUAUGGUGCUCUUGGUAUUUUUAACAAAUACAAUGAGAUUGGAACCAUGAUACCUGUGAAGAUUAUUACAUGUUUUCUGGUAGUCAUAUUGAUUUGGGAAGUGCCUGGAGUUUUCGACUAUAUCUGGAGCCCUUUUUCAUUCUUAGUAGGGUACACUGAUCCUGAUCCUUCGAAAAUGAAAUAUUCGCGUUUGCAUGAGUGGAGAUUCAGAUCUGGUCUUGAUCGCUAUAUUUGGAUCAUUGGAAUGAUAUAUGCUUACUAUCACCCAACUGUUGAAAGGUGGCUUGAAAAACUGGAGGAGACUGAGGUCAAGAGGAGGGUGACAAUUAAGACAUGUGUGGUGAUAGUUUCUUUGGUGGUUGGUUACUCCUGGUAUGAACAUAUAUACAAGCUGGAUAAGAUUACAUACAAUAAGUUGCAUCCCUACACUUCAUGGAUCCCAAUAACUGUGUAUAUUUGUCUGAGAAAUUUCACUCAUCAGCUCCGAAGUUUCUCGCUAACUCUCUUUGCGUGGCUUGGCAAGAUUACUCUCGAGACAUAUAUCUCACAGAUCCACAUCUGGCUAAGAUCUGGCAUGCCUAAUGGACAGCCUAAGUGGCUUCUUUCCUUCAUCCCAGAUUACCCAUUACUCAACUUCAUGCUAACAACUGCGAUAUAUGUGCUAAUAUCGCACCGCCUCUUCGAUCUGACAAAUUCAUUAAAGGGGGUUUUUCUACCCAGCAAAGACAACAAACAGCUGUUGUACAAUUUGUGGGCUGCAUUUACAAUAUUCCUAUGCUUGUAUUCUGUGUCAUCUAUUCUUCUUCGGAUCCCUCAGAUGUUGACUGUGACCUGACAGAUACUAAAACAGCUUGAUGUGAACACUGCUUUGAUUGAAAACAUGGAUUCAUGAAUAAGAAGAGUUCAAGGUUUUCGGGUAGGGAUCUGACUGGUAAAUCUAUGUUCCCUGUUCUGCAAAGACAUAAUACUGUCAUCGGUUACUACCAACGUGCUGAAGUGUACAUUCGUUCAUUGAAAGUCCCUUUUAGAUGUUUGAUGCUAAGAAGACCAAAGAUCUGCACGUCUUGGUAACCAGAGUUGCUGAAGAGAAUUUGGUUGUCAUAUUCUUCAAUCCUUGUAAUGGCCAUAUGCAUAAGGCUUAUUUUCCCCCCUUUUUUUUUUUUUUUUUUU